AUAAAAUUCAGGAACUAGACUUUGACCUUGCUUCUGAGCAGGAAGUCCAGAAUAUUUGCUUACACAGUCCACAAGGAAGGCAGACUUGAUAUGUCUAAAUUCUGGAGUAGUCUGAACGUAGAUUUGGAGAUUUGCAGUUAAACGUGUUUAGGAUUUUUCUCAGAGGUGUUAGACAUCACAGUCAAGAAUGUAUGGGGGUAACCCUGUGCCAGUUUUCCAGCCAAGAGGCUUCUCACCUGAGCCGCCAUUGCAGGGGUCUGGCAUGUCUCGUCCCAGUGCCAAAUCCAUCUACAUGCAAAGGAAGGAGUAUGCAGAAUCAAUCAGCAGACAAAACAUGUUUCAGUACCGAGUGGAGCACCUGUUCACCUUUGUGUUAGAUGGCAGAGAGAUGAGCAGCAUUGAGGACUGCGUGAACAGGCUGAAGAGUAUGGACAGUAAAGGGAAAGUGUGGGGUCAGGACAUGAUCAUGCAGGUCCAGGCCAACCACCUACAGCUAUGUGACAUAGAGACCAAGGAGGUUUUGGAGUCUGUGCACUUGAGUAGCAUCAGGAAGGCGAAAGCUGUUCUGGACAGCUGUGUGUAUGACUCCCUUCUCAUUAUCUCAGUUCAGGAUCCCAGCCAGAGAGCUCCACAGGCCUUCCUGUUCCAGUGUGAGGAGGCCGGGGCUCAGGAGAUGGUAAAUGAUCUGGAAAGGGAAAUACAGCAAGGAGGCGAUGCCACUCCACCAUUUAAGGAACCACAGAUGGACAUCAGGAGCCAUCUGGAAAACAUCCUCGGCCAGGGUCAUCCGGGGAACAUAAAGAGACCAGCUCUCUCAUCCAUUCAAUCAAACCCACCUCCCCUAGAAUACCCCCCUCCGCAGUUCAACGACUUUGAAGACUAUGAUGAUAGACAACCUUCACCCACAAUGUCAUUUCCCAGAGAUGAAGCCCCUUACAGGCCAAUGCAGUCUGAGCCAGAGCAGGUUCCACCUCCAGUAAAUGACGUGGACAGAGAUGCGGAGAUCUUUAACCAUGUUGCAGCCGACGUUGAGACCUUCAUAUAUAAACUUGGCUCAGGUUUGCCAAAAGAUGAUGGAAGCAAGAAAAAGAAAAAGAAAAAUGCUCCAAAAAAUUUUGUUGCAAAUAUUCCUACUGUGGAUGAGUACAUAUCCUGCCUGCAGAAGAUAAAGUAUGGCUUCAAUCUUCUGGGUAAGCUGGAUGGUCAACUAAAAAAUCCUCCUGCUUCUGACUUUGUUCACAGUCUCUUCUCUUCCCUUGCUUUUAUGGUGAGUCGGUAUCCUCCCAACAUCCCUCCCUCAGUGCUGAGUCCACUGCUCACAGAAAAAGCCCUGCAGCUCAUGGGAAGUGUUGUCACACCAAAUGAGGACCAACUGUGGGGCAGCUUGGGUGAUGCGUGGAAUGUCCCAAGAUCCAAAUGGCCAAACGGGAAUCAGAUCCCUCCAUAUUAUCCCGAAUUUUAUGACGGUUGGCAGCCCCUUCCGCCCGUCCCAUCCCAAUCCCCUCCGGUCAGCAGGCAGCUGUCACGGAGCAACAGCGAGCGCUUCCCGCCAGGGAAUGUCAAUCAGAGUCCACCUGAACAGGACAACAGACCCUGGAGCACCCCACCCAUGCGGUCAGCAGAAGCGCCACCUCUUAUGAGGGUGAUCUAUGACUUCAUGGCAAGGAACAAUCAGGAACUGAGUGUGAUGAAGGGUGACAUGGUGCAGGUAACCGACAAGCCCGGGCAAUGGUGGAAAGUGAAAAACAGCCGCAAUGAAGAGGGUUAUGUGCCUCAGAAUGUUCUAGAGCCUGCCGAUGGACAAAAGCCAACACAGAAUAUGAGAGGACCUCCAUCUCUGGACAUGAAGUCUAGACCUGAGGAAGUCAAAGCCUGGUUACAGUACAAAGGCUUUUCUAAAAUGACGAUCCAGAGUCUUGGGGUGUUAAAUGGAGCAAUGUUGCUGGGAAUGAAACAGGAUGAUAUUAGAGCGAUAUGUCCCGAGGAUGGAGGUCGAGUCUUCUUCCAACUGCAGAGCGUCAGAUCAACUAUUGCAUCUCCAUUUUCUUUUUCAGCUUGCCAGUGAGCCCGAGUACAGCCAGUAUGGUGGUCGCAGAUAAUCUGAGCAUGCUGCUGUGUUUUUGAUAUCAAGAAUCUGAACUUGUCUGGACCUGAAUAAACAAGAACUAUGCACACCUCAGCUUUUCCAUUCAUUAGAAAACAAGUUAAGGCUGCUGCCUGUUAAAUGAUUAUCUAUUACCCUUUACAGAUGCAAAUGUAUACUUUUUCUGCACUGAUUUUAUUUAUUCCAUACAAUACAUAUUUUUCCAUUAAAUUGAUUUCCACUGAUGUCCCUGGGGUGGUGGUCGUUUAGUAUGUUAUUCAGCUGUUAUAUCAGAAAAUUAAGCAUGUCAGUAACAUUCUGAUUGAUCCUGACACUGUAUGCAGAUUGUGCACUGUGUAAUAAUAAAUGCUCAUUAAUAAUCAA